AUGUCUACAAUGAUCCCAUUUGACAACGAAAAGCAACAUGACUCGGAUGUCAACGAGCUUACCAUAGCCAACGAUGAGCCACCUGCCGAAGUGGAGUGGUAUAGGAGUACGCUCGUGCAGGUCGUCAUCGUUGGUAUGACUUCCUUCUUGGCACCUGGAGCAUAUUCUUCCCUCGCAUCAGUCGGUGCCGGUGGUCUUGCCAACGUUAACAUCGGAAAUGCAAGUGUCGCGUUGGCGUAUGCUUUGAUCGUACCAUCUGCUCUUUGCGCAACUGCAUGUUUAUCCAAACUUGGUGCUCGAUACAGUCUUUCUCUCGGUGCUGCCGGCUAUGUGUUCUACGCAGCCGCGUUGUACCAAAACUCUGCUACCGGCAAUCAAGGCUUUCUUAUUGCGGGUGCCAUCAUUUGUGGAGCCACAAGUGGUAUCUUUUGGGUUACCGAAGCCGCUGUUACCAUGUUGUAUUCCGAACCCCAAUACAAGGGUAGACAUCUAGCUAUCUGGCAAUCUCUAUUUCAGCUUGCUACCUGUAUCGGUGGUGCAAUCAAUCUCGGACUUAACAUCGAUUUGGACCAAACAGGUGGACUUAAGCCUAAAACCUUCUUGGUGUUCGUUGGUCUGAACGCAAUCGCGCCCAUAUGUGCUCUUCUUCUGUCUAAUCCAAAACAAGUCCAACGAAAAGAUCACCUGCCCGUUCCUGCUUUCCCAGCUGAGCCGUUCUUCAAGGAAGUCUGGUUGACUGUAUUGGAGCUCAGAGACCCUCGUAUCAUUGCUUGGAGUUGUUUUCUUUGGUCGCAAUCCCUCUUUAUUCCCUCUUGGACUUCUACCUACCUCGCCAUACACUUUUCGGUCCGUGUUCGAGGUCUCACAUCUCUUAUCACACCUCUUCUCACUAUUUUAACUCUUGCCUUUGUCGGUUCCGUUCUCGAUGUUAAGACCUUGACUGUCCGAUACAAGCUUGUUAUCACAUGGAGCUUUCUGCAGAUACUUGGCCUUGGUUCAGCGAUAUGGCUUCUAGUCAUGCAAGUCAGGCAGAGUACAGAGUCUGUUCCUCCCACUUGGGAUUGGGGCACACCUGGUUUUGCAGCUGCCUGGGUACCUUAUCUCUUCUCUUUCGCUGCUUCGUGGACCAGUUACGGUUUCUUCUACUACAUGGCGACCUAUUGCUUCCCCCAAGAAGCGUCCGGCGCAAGAACUACACGUAUCAUCGCAACUCUUCGAUCGGCUGAAUCUGGCUCUGCAGCAAUUGCUUUCGGUAUCAAUUCGAUUAACGUACCAUUACACCAUAUAGGGUAUAUUAACUUGGUAUUCAUAAUCGUAUGCUUGUUUUGUGGCGCUUACGUUUUGCAAUGGAUUUGGAAGAACGACAAGAGAGGAGCUUAUACGGAAGUGAUUUUGCCAGUAGAGCCCGUGCCUGCUGCGAUCCAUUGA